GGCAAAAUCAAAAAGGGGAAUUGGGGCCAAAACGGCUCCGACCGGAAGUAACCAUAGAGAGGAAGCGGAAGUGCCAGCGCGGAGCGGAAGUGACCAUAGAGACGAGGGCGGAGCGUUGAGGUUAACGGAAGUCGCGGUCCUCCGAGCGGCCCAGAGCGGCUCGCAGCCGAAAACAACGGAAAAGAGGCCCCAAAACGCGGCGUUUUGGCACCAAAAAGGAAAACCCGUGACGCAAUCGGGGCCUCAAACCGGAGCCGGAGUCGGUUUGGGGUAAAAUUAACGUUUUUCGGGUUUUUUUUGUUUUUUGGAGGGGGAUACUUCCGGUUUCACCACCCACUUCCGGCGGCGUUGCCUCCUUUCCCUUCCCCCCGCGUUCACUUCCGGUCGCACCCGCUUCGUUCCGGCCCAGCGUCCCCCCCCGGCCGGACGAUGCCCAAACCUCUCCGGCCGCGUCCGGCGGAGCGGCUGCGGGCGCGGCUGCGGCGGCUGCGGCGCGCGGCGCGGGCGCUGGUGCUGGAGAACGCGGCGCUCUGCGACGAGCUGGCGCGCCUCGAGGCCAAGUGGACGUUGGCCCGCGGCCAGCGGCGAUUCCUGCUCGGACGGCUGCUCGGACACCGCGCGGCGGCCGCAGAAACGGCCGGAGAAACGGCCGGAGAGGCGGUCAAGCGGCCGCGGAGAGCUCGGACGGCCGCGGGGAGGGGGAGGGGCGGAAGGGGUGGCUCAAGGGAUGACCAGUGGUCAGCGGGGGUGAAGGAUGACCAGUGGUCAGCGAAAAAUGACCAGUGGUCAGCAAAAAGUGACCAGUGGUCAGCGGGGCCCAAGGAUGACCAGUGGUCAGCGGGGCCGAAGGAUGACCAGUGGUCAGUGAAGGUCAAGGACGAGCCGUGGUCAGCGGGGCCGAAGGAUGACCAGUGGUCAGCGAAAGAUGACCAGUGGUCAGUGAAGGUGAAGGAGGAACAGUGGUCAGCGGGGUCAAAAGAUGACCAGUGGUCAGCGGGGCCAAAGGAUGACCAGUGGUCAGUGAAGGUGAAGGAGGAGCAGUGGUCAGCCAAGGAUGACCAGUGGUCAGCGGGGCCGAAGGAUGACCAGUGGUCAGCUGGAGGAAAAGCAGUUGGCUCAAGAGAUGACCAGUGGUCAGCCAAAGAUGACCAGUGGUCAGCGGGGCCAAAGGAUGACCAGUGGUCAGUGAAGGUGAAGGAGGAGCCGUGGUCAGCCAAGGAUGACCAGUGGUCAGCGGGGCCCAAGGAUGACCAGUGGUCAGCGGGGCUGCAAGAUGACCAGUGGUCAGCUGAAGGACGGCCCGGCCGGAGCGAUGACCAGUGGUCAGCUGGAGGAAGGCCCGGCCGGAGCGAUGACCAGUGGUCAGCUGGAGGACGGCCUGGCCGGAGCGAUGACCAGUGGUCAGCUGGAGGACGGCCUGGCCGGAGCGAUGACCAGUGGUCAGCUGGAGGACGGCCCGGCCGGAGCGAUGACCAGUGGUCAGCGGGCUCCGGAGAUGACCGGUGGUCAAGCGGCCGAGCGGCGGCCGGAGAUGACCGCAGGCCCGAGGGAGGCGGCGCUGACCGCUCGGCCGCCGGCCGGCCGGAGGAGGAGGAGGAGGAGGAUGACCACGAUGACCACGAUGACCACGAUGACCACGAGGAGGACGAUGAUGACGAUGAGGAGGACGAAGGCUCCGCUCCGGCCUUUGGCUACUCCGGCCUCUUCCUGGCCAGUCCGGCCGGCUCGGACGACUGACCGCUCAAUAAAUGACCCCGGCCGCGGUGGCCGGAGGGGUUGUGGUCA